AUGCAACCAUCUGUUUUCCAAAAUGCUUCCUAUGUGGGCCCACAUGGGGAACCCCCUCUGUCACGCAUUGGAUUCAUCAUUCUCUCCAUCAUUAUGGCUAUUUUCACCGGUCCAGCCAUCAUACUCAACGCUACAGUGAUCAUUGUAUCUCUCAUGCACAAGCAGCUGAGGCAGCCGCUCAACUUCGCUCUGGUGAACAUGGCUGUGGCUGACCUGGGCACUGCCAUGACAGGAGGGGUGCUGUCUGUGGUCAACAACGCCCAGGGGUACUUCUCCCUGGGAAGAACAGGGUGUGUGAUGGAGGGUUUUGCCGUGGCCUUGUUUGGCAUUACAUCUCUGUGCACAGUUGCUUUGAUCGCAGUGGAGAGGAUGUUUGUUGUAUGUAAGCCAUUGGGGCAUAUGACCUUCCAAAAAAAGCAUGCAGUUGGAGGUAUUGCCUUAUCCUGGCUGUGGUCCCUGACUUGGAAUUUGCCUCCCCUGUUUGGCUGGGGCAGGUAUGAGCUGGAGGGCGUUGGGACGUCCUGUGCACCAGACUGGCACAACCGAGACCCUCAAAAUGUCUCCUACAUCCUGGCUUACUUUGCAGUGUGCUUUGCAGUUCCCUUUGCCAUUAUCUUGGCAUCCUAUGGGAAGCUGAUGUGGACAUUACACCAGGUAUCAAAGAUGACCUGUCUGGAAGGCGGUGCAGUAGCUAAAGGAGAGUUGAAGGUGGCGUACAUGGUGGUUCUGAUGGUCCUGACGUUCCUGAUCAGUUGGUUGCCUUAUGCCAGUCUGGCCCUGCUGGUGGUCUACAACCCUGAGGUGGAGAUUCACCCACUGGUAGGCACAGUGCCUGUUUACUUGGCCAAGAGCAGCACUGUAUACAAUCCUGUCAUCUACAUCUACCUCAACAAACAGUUUCGUAAAUACACAGUGCCCUUCCUACUGUGUGGGAGAGAGCCCUCGAUGGACGAUGAUAAUUCAGGGGCAACGACUGUCGAGACUUCAACCAGCAAAGUGUCUCCCGCCUGAAAGUACACACACCUACAACUCUAUCUAUUAAAAUGUUUUUGGUUUAAAUGUUU